CCCGAUUCGGCCGAGACUGCUAUUCAUUCAGGCUGCUGCGAUUUAAAUCAGUUACUGCGAAGAUCUCCGCCGGUGUUGGGCGCCUGGUAUAUUUUCCUCUAGAUAGAUUAAAGGAGAGCGAGCAUGGCUGGUCGGCUACCGGCUUGUGUUGUCGACUGUGGCACGGGGUACACUAAGCUUGGCUAUGCAGGAAACACAGAACCACAGUUCAUUAUACCAUCAUGUAUUGCAAUCAAAGAAUCAGCCAAGGUUGGAGACCAGGCCCAGCGCAGGAUGAUGAAGGGUGUCGAUGACCUGGACUUUUUCAUCGGGGACGAAGCCAUCGACAAACCAUCAUAUGCAACAAAGUGGCCCAUCCGUCACGGCAUCGUGGAAGACUGGGAUCUGAUGGAGAGGUUUAUGGAGCAGAUCAUCUUCAAGUAUCUGCGGGCAGAACCUGAAGACCAUUAUUUCCUUUUGACAGAGCCUCCCCUCAACACACCGGAAAACAGAGAAUACACAGCAGAGAUCAUGUUUGAGUCCUUCAAUGUCCCAGGUCUCUACAUUGCUGUUCAGGCUGUCCUGGCGCUGGCUGCCUCCUGGACAUCCAGACAGGUGGGAGAACGAACGCUGACGGGCACCGUGAUCGACAGCGGAGACGGAGUCACACACGUCAUCCCGGUGGCUGAAGGCUACGUCAUCGGGAGCUGCAUCAAGCACAUCCCCAUCGCCGGCCGAGACAUCACGUACUUCAUCCAGCAGCUGUUGAGGGAACGAGAGGUGGGGAUCCCUCCGGAGCAGAGCCUGGAGACGGCUAAAGCUGUCAAGGAGCGGUUCAGCUACGUCUGCCCCGACCUCGUCAAGGAGUUCAACAAGUAUGACACAGACGGCUCCAAGUGGAUCAAACAGUACACAGGCGCAAACGCCGUCACCAAGAAGGAGUUCACCAUCGACGUUGGAUACGAACGCUUCCUCGGCCCGGAGAUCUUUUUCCACCCAGAGUUUGCUAAUCCGGACUUCACCCAACCGAUCUCCGAAGUCGUGGACGAAGUCAUCCAGAACUGCCCCAUCGACGUCAGGCGUCCGCUCUACAAGAACAUUGUGCUCUCCGGAGGCUCCACCAUGUUCAGGGACUUUGGCAGACGCCUGCAGAGGGACCUGAAGAGGACUGUGGAUGCACGGCUGAAAAUAAGCGAGGAGCUGAGCGGCGGCAAGUUGAAGCCCAAGCCCAUUGACGUUCAAGUCGUCACCCAUCACAUGCAGAGGUACGCUGUCUGGUUCGGAGGAUCAAUGCUGGCAUCUACUCCCGAGUUCUACCAAGUGUGCCACACCAAGAAAGACUACGAGGAGAUCGGGCCGAGCAUCUGCCGCCACAACCCCGUAUUCGGAGUCAUGUCUUAGGCGUCAGCGAAGCGCAUUCAGCGGAGGCCGAGGAGACAAAAAAAAAGAAAAAAAACCAGAGGAAGCACCGCGAGACCUCACAACGCUGUGGAAGUCCCAUGAGCCUUUGCACGGAUGCUCUGACAGACCUGUUCAUUCGGAUAGAGCGACAGUGGACCAAACAAACUGCCAAAAGAGCGGCGACGUCCUCUCAAAUUAGAGGAAAAGAGGUGACUCAGCCCAAAGGAUCCUCCGAUAAAAUGUUUACUGCAAGUAGGUUAAUAAUAGGUGAUAAAUCUUUAAUUUCUGCGUGCCUCGUAUAUAUAUGUACUUAUUAUAUCCUCACAGGGUUGUAAUAUGUAAUUAAUCAACAUGAGUCCUGUAUAAAUGCACUUCUCUGUGUAUAUGGGUGAUCUUGCUAUGUGUCAUACGCUCUAACAGGACAGCUCCAUCAUGAACACCUUUCUGGUCAUCAAAUGGGUGCAAACAUACAAAAAAGAAAAAACACUUCACCAGACAUACUGACCAUUCCUGAUUUACUUUUGUCUCCUUUUGAAACAAUCACACUCAGAACCUGGAACAUGUAUUUGAAUUUAGAUGGAAAUAAUUCAGGCAUUUAAAAAAAAAAAAAGAAUAAAUCCGUUCGAAUAAUGUUUCCCAGGUUUCACCGAGACAAGUCCUGUCCUGUUUUCUUCCCGCAGCAACGCGACUAACCGUCGCCGCUUUCCUUCGCCCCUUUUUAUUUGUAUUAGUCAUCUCUUCAACAGCCUGUCUUGGGGUUUAAAAAAAAAAAAAAAAAAAGUUGUAUUAAUAUAUGAAGAUGCAGUUUGAAUGACUGUUGUUGGACCAUCACUGUUGCCUAGAUCUCAGUUAUACUGGAUAGCCUUGUACUGUACCAAAUCUGGAUUUCAAUGCUGGCAUUCCAAUAAAUGCCAAGGAGAUAUUUCUACA